AUGUGGCCCCGUAGCAUUGCCCUGUUCGCCUUCCUUGUUCUGGCUGCGACGUCGAGUCAGGCUCAGGAGUCCAGCUCGCAAACCUCUCCAGCAUCGGCGACGGGUGUCGUAUCGACAACCCCAACAGCGACGGCUUCCGCAACAUCCUCUGCUACACCAACAACGCCAGCCUACCUGGCAUCAUGUCCGAGCGAGCUGGAACUGCAGAUCUCGAUCUGCCUUGACACCGUGGCUCGUGACGGCGCCGUGCUGCCAUGCAAUCCGGACGAUUGGUGGUGCAAUUGCAACAACUGGCAAGGCAUCAUCUCCUGCUACCAGCCUUGUCCCGAUCUUCAAGAGCAAGCUGAUAUCGACUGGAACCAGAAGAACUGCCAGGGCCAGCACGGAUACGCCAACCUGCUCGGAGGCAACUCCACCGGCUCCUAUCUCGGUUCCAACAUCACCACCACCGGAUCCAACGGACACACAAGAAACUACUACAGCGAGAUGCCACAAACCUCUUCGGUCGCACCUACGAGCACUUGGUCCUGGCAGCCCACUGCGAGUCCCUCUGUCCAGGCUCGCGUCAAAUCCGCGGCUUCGCACCAGUCUGCCGUCAAGGCGAGCCUGCUUGCCGUUCCGCUUGUUCUCGUUGCAGCCUCCAGUCUCGUCUUCCUGGACCCUCCCAUCAUCUCCGCUGUCGGCUCCGAUGCCAAUGAACCAUACGAGAUUCGCUCGACGCGGCGAUGGGGACGGCUGCAAACCAUGCAUCCGAGCCUCUUCCAUGUCUUGGACGGGAAGCGUUCACUGACCAGCAAAAGAAGCGCCGAGGCUACGUUGUGGAUCGGUGGCAUUGUAGGCGAGAGAACGAUCGACCUGACUAGCGCAAGCGAGACAACCGAGGUAUCGCCGUUGGCGCCGCUCGAAGUGAAACGCUGCGACCUGCACAGGUGGUACAAAGGGACGGGCCGCGAUGACCUCGUGCAGGCUCCCGGCGAUGUCGUCCUUUGGCGCGGCACCCUGCCAGAUCAAAUGGGAGCUGCACGUGAGAUGGCCGCCGCGAUUCGGAAGUUUGGAAGAUCGGAAGCAAGUUCAAGGAUGGCUGUUGGCGCGCCAUCCCGCGGAAGCGCUACCGCGUGGCGUAUUUGUCUGUUCCCUCGAACUCACUCUCAAACCGCCAAACAGAAGCGUUCCUCACUGAGCGUGUGGACCGGCGCGAAAGCACUGUCGGCAGCCCUUCCGCCCAAAGCCGCUAGUGACAGCUGUGAGGAUCUGGUUCAAGGUCUGUAUCGGGAACUGAUCGGAUUCGUCAUCGGCCGCGCCAUCCGCAACGAGCUGGUCCGGCCAUUCACGCCCGGCAUCCGCGCGAGGACACAGCAGUGCGACGCAGAGACCGAGGGAAAAGACCCGGUCGAACGCGGAAAAAAUUAUCCGGAAGGCGAAGAUGUUAUGCCGCUGCGACCGAGGCGCGCCCGCACCUACGCCACUGUGCGCAAUGGACGCGCACAUGACGGAGGCGGCGGCAGCAGCAGCAGCUGCGCGCCGUCUCCCGUCUCCCGGCAGCCAAGAAAAUUCGCUCGCGUUCGCCUCAUCCGAGCCUCCGAAUUACGCGCCAGCAGGAGCGCCGAUCGCGAUUUUUCCGCAGGGUCGACCACGGCGUCUCUGGACCCUGACUCCUCCCCAAACGGCCAACUCACUCGAGCGCGUCAUGUUCCUGAAUCAGAAGAGGCUCCGAAGGUUACGCUCGUUCUUGCUUGCAGCCACUUCUUGAGAGGAGAUACGGGCGCAAAGGUCGAUGGAUCGGCACUUUCACCGGACUCACCCAUGCAGCAGGGCGUCAGCGACGACGUUGCCGCAGAGAAUGCGCACACUCGCUUGUGGGUUUGCUACAAUCGAUGGGAAGGACCGAGCCGUACAUGCGCGCAAAUUCGGAUGCUUGUUUCCACUGCCUUGCCAGUAUCGAUCCUGGUGCAAGACGGUCGCUUGAGGCGGCUAUCGCAGCCAUGGACACUUUGGCGCAAACGAUCGCGAGCUCUUCGGUGGGAUCGCUACGGAGCAAUUCCGGAGUGGCUGACGCUUCCCACGUUAGUGCUGGCCGCAGCCGAUGUAGCUAGUCCGUCGCUUGUUCUAGACUGGAAAGUGCAGCGAUCUGCGCCGUCAACCCUGCAGAAUCCUGCCUGGGUCGAGGCGGAUGGAGCCGCUGGCAACCCAUCUCAAGCCCCGUCCGACUCGACGCGCCCAGGCAAAUCUGACCGAGCGGCGCAAACCGUCUUGAUCCCCAAUGUGAGGCAGCCUUCUCCUCAUACUCCAAUCCGCAGGACAGGUGCCACAGUCUCCCAAACUAAAGAUACCUUCGACGGCGAAAACGUUGGACUCUUCGCACCCGACUCGCUUCCAAGCACCUCGGUCCCACUUCCAUCCCGUCAUUCAUCGUCCAUCAUCGAAGCCACUUCCACGAGCCUAGCUUUCCAGACGCGGUCGUCACUUAAAUCUUCUCACUCGGACAUCUUUGCCAGAAUGAUGGGCCAACGUCUCAUCCAGACCUUGGGCGUGGCGAUCGUCGUGCUCUUCGCAGCCAGCUCUGCAACAAGGCUGCCCCCGUCGGUCGGCGAGCAAUAUGCUCUCUUGGAAAAGCGAGAUAGCCUUUCGUCGUCACCGUUGGUGAAGCCCAGCUGGAUGCACAUGGAGAAGCGCGCCGACAUCUCGGCUGCGCUCUCCGUGCUCAACUCGAUCGUUCCAGGACUCAACAUUUCGUCCUCCACGGGCGAACAAUCCAACUCAUCUGCGAGCCCAGCAAACUAUUCGCUUGUAGGAAUCCCCCUCAACAAUACUGCCAGUCUCAACCAGACCGAGAUCGACCGUGCUCGCAACUGUCCUGGUAUCGAGUUCAUCACCACCCGUGGUGCCAACGACUCGUUCACCGACGGCUACUGGCUCAAAGAAAUGGCCCGUCAGGUCAUGUCGCGCUUGCCCGAAGGGACGUCGAGACGCACAGAGACCAGAUACGACUCAAACAUCGGAAACGACUUGCAAUCCCAGGUCAAAGCAGCCCUUGACGGCAGCUGGUGGGUUGCCAACUACACCACUUUGCUCGCGCAGAGCUGCCCAAACACCACAAUCAUCAUGAUGGCUUACUCUCUCGGCGCUGCAGCCAACACCGUGGCCAGCACGCGCCCUCGCUUCCCACUCAGCCGCAUCAAGGCCGCAGUCUAUUGGGGCUCGCCUCUCCGAUCGCCUGGCCGACCCCAGAAUCGCGGUACAGCCAAGUCUGCGCUGGGCCAGGUCGCUCUUCUCGGCUACCGUACGCCUCGCGGCCUCGAGCCCGUCGUUCGAGACUACUGUGUCAUCAAAGACGUCAUCUGCACCUCAUGGGGCACCCUUGGUCCUCAUUUGUCGUAUGCCAACUCCACUUAUCAAGACGAGACGGUCGACUACCUCGUUCAGGCUGCCCUUGCCUAG